AACUUGUCGCCUGUUUCAUUUUAAGUGACUGAGACGUUGAUUUCAGCAAAAAUUGUCAAGAUGCAAAAGGAAGGACGCUCAGUUUCAGGGUUAAAAUUGCACAAAAAUGCACGAAGAUGAUGAAAGUAAUAGACGAAGUCGGUGGAUCCGAUGAAGGAGAACUAGAGGAUGGUGAAAUAGAAGAGGAAGAAGGUCAAAUUCUGCCUCCAAAUCUAGAUGAACUGAGCAGUGUUGUCGAUGUUGUUCAGUUGCCGUCGCCUUCGAGUCCGACAUCUGCAAAAAAAGCAAAUCUUCCGGAGAAGUCAAAUGAGAAUAAAAAUGUUACUGGCGAUAUUGAUGGAGGAAAGGAGAAGCGGACCCCAAAAUUAAAUGCAAGUCGUAGAAGAGAGUCUUUACCUAAAAGUUACAGGUUAAAGGAAACAAGGACUACAAAGCGCAAGAAAUCCCGGAGUCCAGAAAAUGAUGGACGCGAGCGGAAACGGAGUGGAUCUUCGAGUUCCAGCGGGAAGAGUCGGGCACAGAGACGGGCAAGUGAGGCGGUGAAGCGCGCUAGCAAAAGACGAGAUCGCGACCGAGAAUCACCGGCGGGGAGGAGAUCCAGCCGAAAUUUGUCUCGAAGAUCAAGGUCAAGGUCACCGAUUAUAAGACAUCAGAGAUCAUAUCGGCCAUUGAGCUAUGAGCCUGAGCUUGCUGAAUAUGAACGACUUCUUCGAGAUCAUCGCAGCAUCCAGAAUAAGAUCAGAGAAGAAAAGAGACGGCUCUCUGGUGGUUCCCAUAGCAACAAGUCUACACAUGGAUACGAAAGAGGGCAGACUUCACAAUCAAAAAGUCGUGGAAGACCAAAAGACAAAUCAGCAGAGAAAAUUACUAAGAAAAAACCAGAUGAAGAUAACGAAGAUGAAGAGAUGAUGCUCCUUCAACUCAGAAAAGUGGCCCUGGCAUCACUGGCAAAAGAAGAGAAAGGGAAAGAGAAAACAGACAAGACGGAUACAGAUGAUGUGCAGAUUUCAGUUGGGAAAAAUGGUGACGUCAUCAAACCGGAAAUUCCAGUUGUUGAGAAACAGAGUGGAAGUUCACUCCAAGCGAACAAUAACAAUUCCUCAGAAGCUACCAUCUUGCCAGCAACGGGGGAGCAAGACACAUCUGUUCCUGAGGGACAGUUUGACAACUAUGAAGAAGUAGAAAUGGAAGUGGAUGAUGAAGAAGAAGAAAAAGAAAAUGUGCCCAAACCUGGAACUCAAGCAGGCAAUCCAGUCAAGGAUCCUAUUGCAGCCCUAGAUUUGGUGGCCAAAGAUGAGGACGAUGAUGACGAGAAUCUUCUGAGGGCUCAACUCUUGAAAUCUAUGCUUACCAAGAGAGCAGCUAAAGCACAAUCAGAAAAGAUCAACUCCAGUACUUGCAGCACACCAAGCAAGCCUUUAUCGCCGGCCACACCCCCACUUUCCUCAGCCCCCUCCCCACCCCCUUCCUUGACCCCUCCCCACCGUACCUCCACCCCACCCCCUAGUGCCUCGACUCCACCCACUUUGUCCAGGUCGUCCUCUCCUGUCCCCACAAGGCUUCCACAACAGGGUUCCUCAUUGGCCGGCCAGGUGCCAAGCCGAGCAAAGCGACCAGUGGUUCCGGUUCAUCUUCCUGUCGUGAUCAACCUUGAAGAGGACAGUGAUGAGAGCGAAGAAGAGUCCUCGUCAAGCUCUGUUCCUUUCAUGGGACAGCUAGAUUCAUUCCUCAAAGAAUUCAGGAUGUCUUCCAAUACUCAGAGUACUAAGACAACGGCACAAACAGCAAAAGGGAAACAACAAGCUCAGUCAUCCUCCAAGCUGGCCCCGGUUCCUAAGACCCCAGAAGCCAUCAAGGCUGCCCCAACUCCGCACCGCCAAGAAUACCACCGUCUCAGGGAGGAGAUCGCUCGCCGGGAGCAUAGAACAUUAUCCUCAAAGCCUCAAGGAACUGUUGGAAAAUCUGAACUGCAUGACAGGAAGACACAUAAGCAUGCAGGUGUCGAAAGACACAAAGGAUCGGGUGGUGGACGGGGUGAGGCAUCCGGGCGUGGCAAGACUAGUCUGCCGGUAGAUACUGGUGAGCUGGAGCUCGGGAGGCAGCAGAUGCAGGUUAGGAUAACCGCUCAUAAUGAGAGACAGGUUGUAAAGGGCGUGGUCGCGGCCAACGCUGACCAAGGGACGCAGGAGACUGCUGCGGCGAGUAGAACCACCGAGGCAAUACCUUUACAGGUCACUGUCAACCCCACCUCUCGUCCCAAGGGCGUGUCCAAUCCCACCAGGACUGUGCAGAGCACACUUGAAGCAGAAUUAUCCAGGGAACUGAGUGCCAUCAGAGCAUUGACCGGUACACACGUUUCCGUCGAAACGCACCCUCCACCAUCAAUGAAUGCGGGAACCGCAAAGGAGGGCAACACAGACGAUGAAGUUGCGAGGAAGAAUCUGGAGUUGAAAAUUGCUGAGAAGGAAAAGCAGAGAGAGGAGCUGGCAAAGGUGAAGAUGGAGAGAGAAAAACAAGAAGAGAUGCAGAGGAAGAAAAUGGAGGAGAUGAAAGCCAGGAGGAAGCAGGUAUUAGAAUGGGAGAAAAAAAGGAAAGAGUAUAGUUUACUCUUGAAGAAAGAUAAAGGCCUAAUCAUCAACCAGGAACAACAGAUUGCAAGAAGACGUAAGAACAUCAACGUAGCUAAGGUACAGUUGGAACGGCUCAGGGAACAAGUAGCUGCAAUGGAGAAAGCACUUAGUAUGAACCAGGCCCAAAUGAUCAAGCAUGCCAAACAGAAAACGGCUUUGGAAGCGAGGAUGGGCCAGCACCUUGAAUUAGACAAUCAGGCCCGCUCCCAUCUGGGCAAAUUGAGGGGCGUGGCCAUCUCUAACAUUAGCCAAUCGGAGUACCAGUCCUACCUUCCGAGGACCAGUACCCAAGAAGUGCCUGCUCUACUCGGAGAUAAGAGGAGAAAUGAUGGAUCAGAAUCUAGUGAUGUAGAUACAAAGAAAGCAAAGACAGCUGGCCAGACUGCUGACCUCAAGAAACUCCAAGAUAUGGAGCGCCACCUAGCGGACAAGAUUCGCGAGUUCCGAGAGGCCGAGGCGAAGAAAGCCCUCGUAGGUGUCGCCGCAAAGUCUGUCGUCCCGGAAAACAAAGUGAAGCUCGUCCGGCAACUCUCUUCUUCGAAACCCUCCGCAAAGAUUUACACCAAAGAUGUGAUCAAGCUAAGUGCUGAGGCAACAGCUCCUGUUGAUAAUGAGGUCACAGAGGUGAAAGUUGAAGGGUCAAGUGCCAAAGGUCAAGAGAGGAGGAAAUCAUGGUUGGAUGCGAAUCCGACCCUCACGCCAAAUAUCAAGAGCCGCUCUAAGCCUUCCACACCCAGCACCCCAAGUGUGGCUGCACUUGGCAAGAUGAAAGCAAAGUUCAAGUCAGAGGGUCAGAGGUCGGGUCAAAAGUCUGGUCAAAGUUCACUGUCUGACACGUCCUUGGAGAGUGACCUUCUGCAGUGGAUUGAGUCCUCAGAGAGGACCGGCAGCCCGGUUCCUGACUCCGUGGACACUCCUAAGAACAUGCCGCUGUUUGGUCAAAAGGCACUGAAGUCAGGGUACAUGAGUCGUGUCAAGAAAGAACAGAAGGAAUUAGAGAAGCAGGGCCCAGACUUUCUCUCCUUGAGCUUCAAUCAAAGACUGCCCUCUAUGGAUGCAGUAGGGUCAGGAUGCUUCCAUGUAGACUGGUGUAAAGACACAAAUAAGGAUGAACAUGCAAGUACAGAAGCUAUAGAACCAAUGAAGAAUGAAGGAGAGAAAGUGCCACCAGUCAAGGUUGAUUCUAGAGGUCUGGUGGCUUACAGAAGUUCCUUACUGCCUUUCAAAGCUUUCAGGCUGAGCCCCCUGUUCCGUUACAAGGCAGGUUAUUCCGUCCAAUCACCCAGUUUCACCAAUAAGCUUGAUGCCACCAGGCCACUCUGUCAGUUCGAGCUGAAAGGAACAUGCAAUGAUGAUGACUGUGUCUGGCAACACGAAAGAGACUAUACCAUGUCGUCCCGUGAGAUGCUGACCGAUCUCCUUUCCUACAAUGCCGUCAGCAAGGCUCAAGAUAAAGAUGACCUCACAAUGAAGAAUGUCCCUGCCAGCCCGAUUCGGCAUAAACCAGCUUCCACCGAGAAAGACAAACUAAAUAACUGUAUUGAGAAGGUUCUUGGAGGAAACAAUGAAGGUGUUGUUUCUCGCCUUAUUUCUUGCCCCCGCAAAUGGCGCCCAAGGCCCCGCCCCCGCACCCAGCGUCUCUCUUCGGGCGAGGCCGACGCCCUCACGGAAAUCCUGCCCCUCGUCCCUCCGAAGCAUUCCAAAUCGUCCGCUCAGACAAUGAUUAGAAAGGAAGCCAUUCAAAGCGUGGAGGAAGAGGCUAGGUAUUUUGGUGGUGGCCAUGGUGACGACCUCCUGGACCUUGGUAGGUUGCGGGUUCACGACCUAGAGGCAGCCGUUCUGGAGAGGCCUUCGGAUGUAGGACUGUGGCUCAGGCUGGCCAGGAGUCUGCUGCAGGAGUCUAGUGUGGACAGAGCAUUGAAUGCCUUAUCAAGAGGCCUAGAACUGAACUGCAAUUCAGCCCCUCUCUGGAUCCAGUACCUCACAGUCUACAAAGAGAGGGCUGAGAGAGGAGACUAUGUGGAGAUGUGCCUCAAGGCUACUGAGUUGGCCCCUUGCUGUUCGACAUGGUGGAUGUUAUUAGAGGCAGAAUAUUCAGUACUAACCAAACUAGAAAUCUGCAAGAAAAUCCUCCAGUUCCUGAAGGAGUCCCAUACCACUACCACCAAGACAUGUGGAAACUUAGAAAAGGCUGAAAGCUCUUUUAGGGAAGAGACGCAGGAUAUGGACUGUGAUACAAGCACCGAGCAAGCUAGGACUCUGCAAAACCCAAAGAACACAUCUACCCGUAGUGAACCCUCACAGGAAGGUGAUAGAACUGCCAUUGUGAAUGCAUGUGGCGAAACUGUUGAAGCUGCCGAAGGUGUCGCAGGAGAAAGAACGUUUAAAAGUGAGGGAAGAUCUAGUGGGGAGGAUAAUACUGAUGAAGGAGAGAGAAAGAUGGAUACGGAAACAAUGAAUCCUUCCAGUGAUGGAAAAGUUGGAGAGAAUUUGGACGGUGUGAGCGGCCCCGUGACAAGCAGGGAAGAGAUAUCCCAUCAGGCUUUGGAGAUCCUGUUGUAUCAGUCCCAGCUUCAUCUCAAUAUGGGCCAUAAAGAUGAUGCUAUCAAGAGCCUAAAGUGUUCUCUCAGUAUACCUGAUCAAGAAGUUGACAAAGAUGUUUGCUGCUCUAUUUUGGUAACCUUUGACCUCUUCCUUGGUUGGCUCAGCCUUAUGAAUAUUCAUGCGACUGGUAGUCUUCCAUCUAGGCUCUUUGACCCUUCCGCUAGGCUUCCGAGUAAAAUUGUCAAAAAGGAACUGUUCUCCAUUCCGUGGAAGGUCAAUGCUGGUGACCUUAACAAGCAGGAGGUCGAUGAGCUGUGGGAGGGGGCUACCAAGACGUGUACGGAGGGCAGGCCCCUAUCAGAACAAUUGGAUUCUAACAUCCUAGAGCUGUAUAAUAUAGAGAUAGAGGAACACCUUGGCAGUGGUGACUGGUUAGAUCAGCUCUGUAAACUUGACAUGGGUCAGUGUAGGCCAUCUGAAGAAGGAGAGGAGCUAUACUGUCGUUGUAUAGAGGCGCUUCACAGGAGAGAGAUGAAGCCUUCUGAUGUUUUAAUGCAUGUGGAGAUGGGCGUGAGCCAACUGCCAUUCUCGUGUCGCCUGCACUUCAUGGAAGCUCAGUUUCGUCUUCUUUUUGGGAUAGAUGACCCAAGGUCAUCUCUCCGCCAGUGUAUCAUCAACUUCUAUCGGCCAGAGUCUGGUGAGACCAUAUCGGACGAUGUUCUGCUUCAGCUUUAUAGACAUCGUUUGAAGCUGCCCAUGCCUCUGGACUUCAAACCACCACCCUCAUCCCCAGGAGCUCCCGCCCAGCUCAGAGAGGACAAUAAGACCUACAUGUGGCUCUGUUACAUCAUGCUAACCAACUUCAUCCUGGGGGAGAGGUCGGCAUGUGAAGCCUUUGAGAGUGCUCUCGUCAUGGUUCAAGGAAGGAAAGACUUGGAGUUGAUCUGGAUUGAGUAUUUACGCUUUGUUGCUAGCAAGACGAAAUUGCCAUCCCAUGACUCCAUUUCCUCGCUAGCAAAGCUUGUCCACCGGUGUUUGCUCUCCACGGCAACGCAAUACCCCCUCCCGUUCUCGCGGUCAGGGGAGACGUGGAACGAUUUCUCCUUUCAUAAUCGGGUGAUUGCGUUGUAUAUAGAACAAGUACAUGACAGAGAGCGAAUGGAGGAAUAUGAAAGGCUUCAACUGCAGAUGCAGGAUAAUGUUAUUCUUGCGUACAGAGCAUGUCAGUAUGCAGUAGAAAGUGGUUUCUCUCAGCUUGGUCUUCAGAUAGCCUUCUCAGCCCUCCAUAGAUCUCCUGACUGCGUCAUCUUCUGGAAAAUAGUAAUUUCAUUGGCCCUUCAAAGUCAACGGUACAAAGAGGCUCAUUCCCUGUACGAGCAAGCCGUUCUCUACAAUCACACAGCCUCUUCAUUAUGGAAAGACUUCAUAGCGUUCGUGAUCGCUCAUGACGACGAGGCAACACUCCGCAAUCUACUCCAGCGGUGCCAAGAGAUCGGAUUCCAACAAUCAGACGUCCUUCCCGGAGCACCGAUAACGUGACACAAUUACAGGUAAUUGAAUCAACCUGACUCAGAAAAUCCAUCAACUGAGAGCCAAACACCCUGGAAGACGUAUCUGUAGGUUAUAGCCAACUGGGAUAUUAGGCGAUGCUGAUCUUAUUGUAGCUGUUUCUUGCUUCUUGGGUGCCCCAAGACUCGUAUGUGAUUGGAUGAAAGGAUUACUAUAGCCAACCAAUCACCAACUUGGAAUUGUCGGUAGUGUAAGUAUGAGUGUUGUCAAAAACAUCCCCUGAUAUAGCAUCUUGCUCAUUUACUUUCAAUUAAACCCUGAAAAGGCCCUUGUUCUGUUUAAGUAAAACAUGAAUAUUUAUGAUUCCUCUAUAUUGAAACAUUUGGUUUCAGGUCAUGGCUGCUUGAUUAUUAUUACAUUUGUAAAUUGUUAGUCACCAAAAAUAUGCAUAGUAUGUGCUGUAAACAUUGAAGUUAUAUUAUCGGUGACAUAUAAGUCAUUUUAUUGGUGAUUUUAAAGAAAUAAUUCCCCGAUGUUGAGACAAAGAAUGAUUCAUCAUAAAACUUUUUAUUACUGAUUAUAAUUUGUGUGCUUUCCUAUUUUAUUUAUUUUUUAAUCAAAUGAACAAGAUGCAUAACAUGUUUGUCUUUUAGCAGCCCUUUUCACCUAUACUUUAUGUUGAUUUGUAUCUCCUUUCUUUUCCAACUCAGUAGCUCAACCCUUCUUUCAAAAUGAUGUUUUGUUUUAGUUCUCAUGCUUUAAAUCCCUCAAAACUGUUCUGUAUUCAAUGACAGUUGCAUGGCCAUCUCUUCUGUUUAUAUUUACAGAAGCUGUAAAGUGCCAUCGAUUUGUAGAGAUGGCAAGAUAAUUUUCCAAAGCUAUGCUUGAACUUGAAUCUCAGAAUAGAUUUGAUUAUCAAAUGCCAUUUUCACCCCAAAUAUGAGUCAAGCAAAACAGUA